UCUCUCCAGUUUUUUUUUUGGCAGUGUGAGGUUGGUGGAUGGUGGCAGUCGCUGUGCUGGGAGAGUGGAGGUUCUUCAUAGAGGGCAGUGGGGAACAGUGUGUGGUGAUGACAGGGAUAUGAGUGAUGCUGCAGUGGUGUGUAGAGAGCUGGGCUGUGGAGAAGCUGUAGAUGCACUGGGCAAAUCUCAUUUUGGAUCAGGAUCAGGACCAAUCUGGAUGGAUGAUGUGGACUGUAGUGGAUCAGAGUCUAGACUGAAGAACUGUAGAUCACCAGUAUGGGGUAAACAUGACUGCAAUGAAACCCACAAUUCUGGAGUCAUCUGUUCAGGAGCCAGGCUGGUUUUAGGUUCUCGCUGCUCUGAGAGAGUGGAGGUUCUUCAUGGAGAGAGCUGGGUCACAGUGUGUGAUGCUGACUUUGACCAGCAGGGUGCAGAGGUUGUGUGUCGAGAGCUGGGCUGUGGUUCUCCUGUGAAGGUUCUGGGAGCAGCUGCUUUUGGUAGAGGGCAGGGUCCGGUGUGGUCAGAGGAGCUUCAGUGUAGAGGAAACGAAUCUCAGAUUCACUUCUGUCCAAAAUCAUCUUCACUCAAACACAACUGCUCCCAUGAUAAUGAUGUGGGACUGGCAUGUUCUGGUGACAAGCGAAGACUUGUUGGUGGUCCUCACGCAUGCUCUGGGAGAGUAGAGAAGCUUCAUCGGAAUUCUUGGCUUCCAGUGUGUGAUGCUGACUUUAACCAGCAGGAUGCAGAGGUUGUGUGCAGCUGGGAGCUGGGCUGUGGUUCUCCUGUGGAGGUUCUGGGAGCAGCUGCUUUUGGUAGAGCAGAGGGUCAGAUGUGGUCAGAGGAGCUUCAGUGUAGAGGAAACGAAUCUCAUAUGUACCUCUGCCAGACAUCUCCUUCCUUGAAACCCAACUGCUCUCACAACAAGGAUGUGGGACUAAGAUGCUCUGGUCACACUCAGGCUCGGCUGAUGAACGGCUCAGAUUCCUGUUCUGGUCGAGUGGAGCUCCAGUACCUCAGUGAGUGGGGUACAGUGUGUGAUGUAAGCUGGGAUAUGAGAGCUGCCAGUGUCCUCUGUGCUCAGCUGAAGUGUGGGAGUUCUGUGGCUGUGUUGGGGUCAGACUGGUUUGGGGAGGGGAGUGGCCGGAUCUGGGCUGAUGUGUUUGAUUGUCAGGGAAACGAAACACACCUGUUAAAAUGUCCCAUUUCAUCAUGGAGUCGAACUGCAUGCUCUCAUGAACAGUAUGCUGGAGUUAUCUGUAGUGGUUCUUCUCUGGCGUCUCAUGAGGGAGGAGUGCGGUUGUCUGGAGGGAUGGAGUGUGAGGGGGAGGUGGAGGUGUUCUUCAGGCAGGACUGGAGGAGAGUUCUGCUGGACUCCUGGAGUGAGUCUGAGGCCUCUGUGGUCUGCAGACAGCUGGGCUGUGGUUCUGUACUCAACAUCUCCAGCUCCUCUUCAUCCAGUCCAGAACACAGCUACAUGUGUGUGACGGGUUUCAACUGCUCUGGGAGUGAAGCUCAUCUGAGGAACUGCAGCAGCUCACAAGCAGUUAACUGCAGCUCCACAGUACAGCUCUACAUCACCUGCUCUGGUACAUCUAACACAGUCCACAGCUCCAUCAGGCUGGUUGGUUCUGGGGGAGACUGUGCAGGAAGGCUGGAGGUUUUCCACAGUGGAUCAUGGGGGACAGUGAGUGAUGAAUUGUGGGAUAUUGAGGAUGCGCAGGUGGUCUGCAGACAGCUGCAGUGUGGAGUCGCCCUCAGUGCUCCAGUACCAGUACCAGCCCGGUUUGGAUCUGGAACUGGACCCAUUUGGCUGAAUGAGGUGGAGUGUGAGGGGAACGAGGUGUCUCUGUGGAACUGCAGAUAUCAGCUGUGUGGAGAGGAUUAAUGUGGACACAAGGAUGAUGUAGGAGUCGUGUGCUCAGAGUAUAAAGAGAUCAGACUGACUGAGGGCUGUGAGGGGAAUCUGGAGGUGUACUAUAAUGGAACCUGGGGGAAUGUGUGUGUAAAUGGGAUGACUGAUGAAACGGCAAAAUUGAUCUGUCGAGAGCUGAACUGUGGAAGAACUGGCAGUGAGUCUUGGUCUAAAGCAAGAGUGGAAUCAGCUCCUAACUGGCUGGAUAAUGUAAAAUGUAGGAAACAUGACUCCACUCUGUGGCACUGUCCAUCUUCUUCCUGGGGGGAGAACAGGUGUGAUAAUCGCAAUGAGGUUGCUUGCAUUACCUGCUCAGGUAGGCAGAUAUGAUGAGGUGUUAAAGACUUUAAAGAAUGCUAGAACUAAUGUAGUUUGUAAUUGGAAUUUCAUAAUUUUUUUUUUUUUUUUUUAUUUGACAAAUUGGCUGUGUGAUUCAUCUCCUCAUGAGAGACCGUGCUCAAAGCACAUUCCUCUGAGGCUGAGGGGAGGAGUAGGAAGCUGUUCUGGAUGGCUGCAGGUGUAUCAUAAUAAAACAUGGGGGUCUGUAUGUGGUGACCUCUGGGACAUCAGGGAUGCUCAGGUAGUCUGCAGGCUGCUGAUGGUUCUGGUGGAGGAACUAUCUGGAUGAACAGAAUGAAGUGUAGAGGGAAUGAGAUUCACAUGUGGGACUGUCCUCAUUCCCUGAAGAACCACACUGACUGCUCCCACAGUGCUGGAGUCACUUGUGGAGAUUCUCAACCACAGACAAGAAGAAUCAUACUUCCACAAACUCCUCCACCAGCUGUUCCCUCCAUCUAUCCAGUGUCUCUCCUGGUUCUGGGAUAUGUGCUCUUCCUGGCCUUAGUGCUUCUGGUUGUGCUGUUUUAUCAGAACAGAGUGCUCAGGAGAGUGAUCUCUAAGAGGAGGAAGACUUCCGCUGACCUGUCUAUGAGGAGAUUGACACCAGGCUCAUCCCUAAAAGAAUUACUGUCUCAACUGAAAGGUGGUGAGCUUCCUGAGGGCUUUGAGGAUAGUUAUCCUGGUGCGUGUCUUUCGUCUGGCCUCUCAGAAGAAAGAUCUGGAGAAGGUCGCUAGAAGAAAGGUAUCUGAGAACAAAAGGCGGUAACAAAAAGGAUGGAUUUGAUUUGGAUCUCACCUAUGUCACAGGCACUCUACAGAAAUCCCAUAAAAGAAGCUGCCAUAUUUCUGGACACAAAGCAUCCCGAUCAUUACAGAGUUUACAAUCUCUGCAGUCAAAAAGGCUACGAUCCACUGUUCUUCCAUUACAGAGUGCAACGAGUGACGAUUGACGACCAUAACGUACCGUCAUUAGACCAACCCACUCGUUAGGACUCCCCCUAUCACUAGUAAUGCCCCAACACACCAAACAGGAGGAUGAAGACUAGCACACUCUUUCUCCGAUACAUGUGAAGUCAGCCACCGCUUCUUUUCGAGCUGCUGCUGAUGCAGCAUUGCCAAGCAGCCAGCACAUUUGGAGGAAAGCGCAGCGGCAGGUGAACCCGAGGAACCUGAGGAAAGUGGUGGGAAAUCUCGAGCCAGGUCAGACCUUGGGUUGGGUUUGGGCAGAGAACCUAAGCUCUUAUUCACAUAUUGAACUUUGUGUUAUUGUGUUCUCAGUGACAUGUUGAACUACACUGCCAGUUUGAGGGAAUGUCAUUGCCAUCCACUGCAAAGGAGGCAAAGGUGUGGGAAAGGGCAAUGGCAGUGAUCUGAAGAUGAUCAUAGUGAAAAGAGAGCAGGUGUUCCAGUGUGUCUGUGCCACGCAGACGAACUGUAGGCUGUUCCCAGAUACUGAAAACAAUGCCGUGGUGAUCAGCUUUCAGGAAGGGCCAGUGGUUUGUGGUGAUGUUAAGGUCAUGUUUGAAUCCAGGGCUGGUCUUCCAAAGGGGUAUGAGGACUAUCCUUUCUAUUUCUGGUUCAACACUUCAUUUGUAGAGAACAACAGGCUCUAUCUGUCAAGGGAGGAACUGGACAACCCACGUAAGUCCAAAACCUGGGACAUCUACAAGGAGGACUUUGGUGUGACCGUGUCUUUCAGUGACCCUGCACUUAUGUAGCAGACGACACUUGCUUGUGUAUCUAAAUCUUUAAAGGUCUAAAUCUUUGCUCUAAUGUAGGUUUUCACACACUUAUAAAAGGUGAGUGAUGUUUAGGGAUUGGAUUCGGGCAUAUUGUGCCCCUAAAGCUAUAGCUAUAGCUAUAUAACCUCAACUUUAUGUCCAUCCCCCAUCUUCACUGUAAGAGCUUUUUACUGAGCCGUGCAUACACCACAAUAUUAUGCAUUUGUUUGUCAAAUGUUUUUUUGUCUUUAAAUGAAGACAAAUGUUUGUGUCAGUUUAGCAUAUUAUGCUUCCAAAAUGUAAAUCUUACUCUUUAAGCUUGAGUGUACAUCAAAUAAAGCAAUCGAGGCUGCCACUGUGAAAUGGUCAAUGGUUAUGUGUGCAGAAACAUGUUUUUGUAGUACACAUGUAUUGAAAUAAAUACUAAUGUCUCUGUAA